GAGAGAGAGAGAGAGGGAGAGAGGGAGAGAGAGACAGAGUGUUCCUCGUGAGUGACUCAGUGACUCAGGAUGGAGCUUCGGGUCCACAUGUGGCCAUUCUCUCUUCUGCUAUGCCUGCUGGGACUGCUUCAGUCAGACGUUGGCCAGGCUCAACGCAUGGUGACGAUGCAGGCCGGCCCGCUCUACAGAAUCAAGGGCUUCCACGUCUCCAUCUCCUGCAGCGUCAGUGGCUUCAAGGGCCCAGCUGAGCAGCACUUCCGCUUCUCGGCCUACCGGGCCCCGCGGACCACCCAGGAGAUCCAGAUCAUCAGUACCGAGGGGGACAACUUCGCAUACGCCUCGUUUAGUUCCCGAGUCCGAAGCGGAGACAUCUGGAUUGAGAGGCUGUCGGGGUCGUCGGUCGUGUUCCACAUUAACAACACUCUUCUAGAGGAUACCGCUGAGAUUGAGUGCCAUACCCCAAACACUGACGGAGACUAUUAUGGAACCUACAGUGCUAUAACAUCACUGAAUGUGGUUGAGGACACCCUGGUGACCACCUACUCUGGAUCCCCCUCCGUGGAUCUCUCGGAGGGGGGGACUCUUCAGUUGGAAUGCCAGGCCUCCAGCCAGACCUUCCAGCACACCCACUUGUCCAUCACCUGGCUCCUCCAUGGCAACGGUGAGGCCGAGCCCCGACCCAUCAUCAGCCUGGACCGGGACUUGACGGUGAGGCCAGGCGUGGGCUACGAGGCGCGGUACCAGUCGAGGCUAGUCGCGAUUCAGAAGGUGGAGGAGACCCGGUACCAGCUGCGGAUGACCCAGGUGCAGCUGGGAGACCAGGGGAGGAUCUUCUGCCGGGUCCAAGAGUGGAUCCGGGACCCGGACCGCACAUGGGUCAGCAUCGCCAACAGAGACGCUCAAGCUGCUGACGUAGUCGUCAAGGCUGUCGUGGUGGAUGCAGACUCAUUUGCUGCUCACAUCAAGGUCACAAACGCCGACCUCAAGGAAGGUGAGCCCGUGGAGGUGCUCUGCCAGCUGGAGGCGCAGAAUCUUCCAAAGCUCUUCUUCAGCGUGGCCUGGUUCAAGGGCGAGGAGGAGCUGGCGCGCCUGGGGCCGCUGGGGGUCCUGACCAUCGGACCGGGCUAUAAAGGGAGGGCGACUGAGGGCGAGCUCCGGGCGGUGAAGACCACAGAGAAGGACUACACGUUGACCCUGCGGCCGGUCAGGGCCGAGGACCAGGGGGAGUACCAGUGCCGGGUGUGGCAGGAGCAGAGGGGCGACAGUGGGGGGUUCACCCAGGGCCAGAGCAAGCGCUCCAGCACCCAGCAGGUCACCAUCACUGCCACAGAGAGCGGGCUUAGUGUGUCCAUGGUCUCGGAGCUCAGUGUCACAGAGGGUGCACCUCUCACCCUUUCCUGCAACGUGUCCGGGGUGCACAGCGAGCUCUCCGUCAUCUGGCAACACAAGAAGGACUCCCUAGGUAGCUCCUUCAGUGAUGUCAUCAGCCUGAGUCGCCAGGGCGUGAUGGAGCCGGGUCCUCAGUAUCAGCAGCGCGCGCUGCGGACGUUCCGCUCGGCCGGCGGCAGCAUCGUCCUGGAGAUGGGCGAGGCCGGUGUGACGGACGACGGCGUCUACAUGUGCACCGUGUCCGAGUGGAGCAGGGACAACAGCGGAGGGGAGAAGAAGACAGCCAGCCAAUCACAGCAAUGCUCUGUCCAAGUGACAUCACUUGAUAAACUGGUGAAAGUGGCCUUAAGAAGUCGUACUUCUAAUGUGGAGGUGAACAACGAGAUUAGUCUCUUAUGCAGAGUGAAGGGCCCCAACGUGCCCCUAUCAGUGACCUGGCUGUUUGAGCAAGUUGGACGUUCCAGCGAGGAGACCAUAGUCUCGGUACACCACACGGGAGAUGUGGCCUGGGGCAGAGAGGGGGAUGGCUACCAGCUCAGCACUGCUAUAAGCGGGGACGACUCGCAGUACGUGCUGGGAGUGACCAAGGCAAGCCUGCGCAACGCCGGAGUCUACAAGUGUGUGGUGGGAGCUUACCUGAGGCAAACGCAGAGAGCCAGCAAACCGUCCAACCCUCUGGGUGUGCGAGUGCAGAAGCCAGCAAGUAAACUGUCGCUCAUCCCUAAUCCCACCUCUCCCCUGAAAAGCACCGUGAACUCUGACAUCCAGAUGUCAUGCAUGGUUGCCAAGGCAACCUCCAACUCAUCCCGCUUCGCCGUCACCUGGCAGGUGGAUGGCCGCACCAUUGCCGGCAGCGACCGCGACGGCAUUGUGACGCUACAGGACGCGGGGAAGAGGACGGGCGUGAGCAUGCUCCCGGGGCUGACCUUCCAGCUGUCGCUACGGCAGACGGGCGCCAGCGACAGCGGCCGCUACUUGUGCCAGGUGGAGGAGUGGCUCCAGGACACUGCUGGGGAGUGGUACUCCGUCCCGCCCCAGAAUGCCACAGUGGACGUGCUGAUCAGUGAAAAACCCAGCGAUUUCAGUAUGGACCAAACCAAUAUCGACACAAGUGGACGCGAAGGUGGACAGAUCGACGUCAUCUGCAGCAUAGUAUCUGGAAUGGACGACUCAUCCUCCCACUUCUCCCUGACCUGGCUCUUCGAGAGUGCCAGCCCUGCACCUGACUCCUCCACCAGUACCCUUCUGACCUACAGCCGACAGGGGGAGCUGACUUACGGGAGCGGCCCUGCGGAUCUACAGGAGAAGCUCCGGUUCUCCAGGCCCAACCCGGGAACCUUCCACCUGAUGGUGGCCAACGUGGAACCGGGCAACAGCGGGCGGUACUGGUGCGUGGUGGAACAGUACCAGCAUGGGUGCAGUGGCUUGUGGGAGAAGAAGGGCUCACGCAAAUCAGGGGUCACCCAUGUGACGGUAGAGCCUAUAGCUCCCACACUGUCCCUACUGAAGACCAACCAGAGCAAGGUCGUGACUAACCCCCAGAACGGCUUUGAGGUCGAGUGCCUGGUCCUCUCCCGCUCCAGUGACCGGUCAGUCUUUGAGGUGAUCUGGUCCAGAAACCAGGUCACAGCGGACAGAGAGGAAACUCAGAUGGUCUUCAAUGCCAGUCGCGACGGGACCUUGCACAUUCUGGAUGGAACCGAAGGUGGUCAGAUGUUCGCUCGACCCACUCCCACCCACUUCAGCCUCACGUUUCCCAUGGUCGGGCCCUCUGAUGUGGGCAGCUACUCCUGCCAUGUGUCAGAAUGGCUGCUGAUGACUGGAGAGCGCUGGAGGAAACUGGAUAGCGAGUCGUCAGGGCAACUAACCAUAAGCCUCCAAACAGAAGUCAAGAGUAAUUUCAGCAUGAACAAGGACGAGGAAAACCUCACCGUGAAGGAGGGCCAGCGAUUGGACCUUCAAUGCAGCGUGGGUUCUGAAGGUUCUGACCCGUCCCCCUCCUCCUACACCGUCACCUGGCUGUUCAGGAGCCUGGGUUCCGACGGUUCCAUCGCUCUGCUGAAGCAGAGUUAUGACGGCCACCUGACGUUCAAUGAUGAAUACCAAGAGAGGCUCCGGUUCUCGCACCCAGCUAAGAACUCCUUUGGCCUGGCCAUCCUGAACGCGGUACCAUCCGACAGCGGAACGUACAACUGCCGCGUGGAUCUGCACCAGCACGACUGCACUAGCCAGUCGGAGUCUCUGGCCUCCGACCAGUCUGGUCUCAUCACUGUCAGCGUGCAGAAGCUAGAGGGAAACCUGAGUUUGGAAAAAGAUGACCAUCGUCUCAACGUAACGGACCUUAAGGCCGGUUUCAAAGUCGACUGCGACAUCAUCUCACAGUCCAGUGAGGAGUCGCUCUUCGAGGUCACCUGGUUUAGAACCCGGGACAAUAACCAAAAGGACCCCAUCUUUAAAAUCACAAGGAACGGCACCCUGCAGAGCCUUGACAAGGUCAGGAAGGGAUUAGUGUUCGGCCGGCCAAAGGUCACGCUCUUCACCUUGACUGUACCGGACCCUGGAGCGACGGACAGCGGUCAGUAUACCUGUGAGGUGGUGGAAUGGGUCAGGACGCUCACUAACACCUGGAAGAAGAUGGCAGAAGACCGGUCUGGCGUCUUGGAUGUUAACGUGCACACAGGUGCUGGUGACGCUCAGCCUCAAGGAUCCCCAGAUGUCACGAUUCCCUUGUUUGUUGUCAUCCUGCUGAUUUUGGUUGGAGUUGUGGCGAUACUGGCGGUGAUGCUACGCAAGGCGAAAACAGUUCAGAAGAAACGCGACGAGUCUCUGUGGGCCGAGAACAAUCCUCUGAAGCCAAUCGAUGAGGCCUGAGAGGAAUGAGAGGGGGCUAUUACUGAGGAAACAGAAGGGCAGGAAGGCUUUUAUCACUGUGGCAGAAUCAGCGGCGUGAAAUGUUGAUGAACUUGGCAGACUAAAGCUUUUUGGUCCAAUCUCAGAGGUAGACACAGAGUCCGUCUCCGUCCGUCCGUCCGUCUGUCCGUCCAUCCACAGACGUCUGCUUGCCCUCUCCGAAUGUCUGCAGUCAUAUUUUGACUUGGAAUUUUAAGCACCAAUUUUGCACUGCUUUUUUCCAGAGAGUACCUUUGAACUUUUUUUUUUUUUUUUACUUGUGUGCUUCACUUCACAUCAAUGAGUUCAUGUGAUCUUUGGACAGAUAGGCCUUUCACUUUGAGAACAGCAGUGUUACUAUGUAUGUUAUGUAUGUAUGCCAAAGUGUUAGAAUGCUGAGGAAGUGAAACUGAACUGUGGAAGUUACCACAGCAUUUGAGCUGAUAUUGAACACUGUCAACUCUUCUCUGUCUCUCUCUCUCUUUUGGGACCUGGAGGACAUCGCCGAUGCACGUUAUUUUAAAACGCCUGCAUUUCAUCAUGUCAUAUUAUGUCUAUCUCUCUCUACUGAGGUGGGGUGGGUUAAGUCUCAUAUGCGUAUAUGCUUAUUAGCUGUCACAGUUAAGCACUUGCUGUAUGUCUUGAUGUCUAGAUGAGGUAGGAUGUCUCAGCACUUCGGUUUGAAAAUACAUAACUUUUGGUGUCAUUUGCUAUGUACAUCUAGGCACGUUUUUUAAACAAAUGUAUGGAAUGGAUAAAAAGACUGAUUAAAUGUCUGACAACAAAAAGUUUUCCAUUCAGGUUUUGUGGUUUUGACAGCUGCUGCUUUUAAAGGUUUUAUGUGACCUUCUUUCAGUGUGACUUCCUUUCUCAGCUAACAUUUCCAGAAAUACAUUUCUUCCUUAUUUCAUAUGUACUUAUUGGUAGUCAUGUUCUUUUUUUUCUCUAGGUACAACUUAGUUGGGGAAAAAAAGAAGAUUUGAAGAGCCAGAAUAUUUGCACAAUAUGAUUUGUACCAAAUGUUGUUUGACGAUUAAAAAACAAAUUGCUCCUU